AUGAACUCACAGGCGUGGAUGGAAGACAGUGUUGGCAGGUCUCCACCUCAGUGGGCUCAGCAGCGCGAUGCACAUUGGCCUCACCGGCUGGGUUGGAAAGAGGGGAGAGCACGAAGCUUACAGGCGGCUCAGCCACCAGCUCACUCAGACAUGUCCUUCCAAGCCUGGGCCACCUAUCCCAGCUUGCCCCCCCGUGACCGCAGGAGUGGCAGCUUUGUCCAAGGCUUGGCCAAGAGCCCUUCGUUCCUGGGGAGGCUUCAGGGUCACCCUAGGGCGAGGUCGAUGGAGAUGCCCUGGGGCCACUCCAAGGUCUCCCCAUCUUCCAGAGACUCUCUUAAGGGCCCUCUGAGGGCCACCUCUGCAUUGCUGGAGUCUGAGAACUCUUCCUGCCUAUGGCACUCCCAUAGUCCUAGUCUCCUAGACAGAUCACAGUCCCCAGGCCUCUUGAGAGGCAUCCAUCCGACUGAGGCCAGCCCAGCAUCUUGUAGCCUCUUUGGCAAAGGCUCAAACCAACUCAUCGGACGUCAGGCUUCUCUACCCCACCUUCUGGACUGGACGGACAGUGCGGUCAGCUGCAGGGCCCUGGCCCUCCAGGGCUGGAGCAGAUCAGAACAGGACCUUCAGUCAUCAUCGUUAGAGCGUGUUCAGCAGCGGGCAGAGCUGGUGGGCCGCCUGCAGACAGCCCAUUGGACCCUGAAGGAGCAGGCCCAGGAGAUCCAAAGGAGGGAGAAGGCUCUGGAGCUCAGUCAAUUGAAGUGUGAGCUGCUUGACGUAAGGCAGAAGAUGGAAAGCUCCCUUGUUCGCCUGGAGUGGGAGAGAAGAGAGCUGAAGAGGUCCAGAAGACAGGAGCAGCAGCGGGACAGAGAGCUCCAGGACAAAAUCCUGCAUCUACAGGCAGAAGUGAUGAAAGUCAAGUUGUGUUUGGACAGAAUGAGCCACCAGCCACUGUUUGUGGAGGACCCAGAGGAGCCCAGACUCAGACCUGAGAGUCAGGAGGCUGAACUCAAUGCCAAGCUCCAGACGUUGGUGACCAACCAGGACCCCAUCUUUCAGGAGAAGCCAGGACAGGAGCUGAGCUUUGAUGCCAAUCAGACUCUAGAGGGCCAGGAGGAAAUACCACUCGAGGACCUGAAGGCCUCUACCCCGCAGGUGUCCCAGGACAUGAUCUUUCUUCAAGAAGAGCUGGUGAUCAUUAAAGAGGUGAAUGAGCAGCUCUCCUCAGAGCUGGGCCAGAGCCGCCAGAGACUGAGGACCUGUCUAAACCAGCUCUACCAGCUGCAGACAGAGAAGAAGAUUUGCCACAGCUGGCUCCAGGCCCUGGAGGCUGAGCAAGCCCAGCUGAUGGGAGAGAACUUGGCACUGUUGUCUGUGCUCCAGGGGCAAGGGGGAGGCACUGAGCUCGGGACAGCUUCCUGGCAGAAUAGUGAGGCCAGUGGACAUCCUCAGUUCCAGAAGGAGUUGGCAACUCCCCAGCAGGAGCCAGAGGUGAAAACAUCAUGCCCCAGGACCCAUAAGGAGGAAGUUCAGUAUUGGAAAGCACGCUGGCACCAGGUGGCAAAUGAGUUGAAAUCCAAGGAGGAGGAACUGGAGAUGGUCCAGAGACAGAGGAGAGGCUGGUCAUGCAAGGUUCCCUGGGUCCAAGAGCUUUUCUCAGGGGAAAAGGAAGAUCUGGCUGAGUUGAAAGACCCUGUGGGCAAGGAAAAUGAGACCAGUGAGCUGGAAGGGACCCGGCUGGCGAAGAAAUAUCAACAUAUUUCUUCUGGGGAAGACUCAAGUUCACUAACAGAGAAGAUGGAAUGCCAGAGAGAUCUCCAAAGCAAGAUGAAAAUACUGGAGCGGGAAAAUGCUCAGAUGGCGCUGGUGAUCCAGAGGUGGAAGCUGGACGAGAGCCCAAUGCUUCAGAUCGAGCUGGAUGCCUGCAAGCAGCAACUAGAACUCGAACGAAGUUUGAGCCUGGCCCUGCAGCACCAGCUUCGGGGGCUGCAAGGCGGGAGUGCUCCCCAGAGGGCAGAGCCUCCACUGGCAUGGCCAGGUCCGGGACCGUGCCCCUCUGGGACCCUGAAGGGGACAGAAGCAGAGCCCCGAUGGGACAUGCUCCAGUCCAAAGCAGAGCCUCAUAGACCCCUCCAGGAGCUUCAAGGAUCUUCAUCAGGAAGCCCUCAGGUGCCAGAGCCGCUUCAGCCAUUUCAGAGAGACGCCCGAGGGGGCCAGGAAGCAGGAGCUCCUGGACCCUUGUCAGAGGCAGAAAUUCUAAGACAGCAGCUGCAGAAGGAGAGAACCCUGGGGCAGGAGCAGGCGCAGCGGCUUCGGAGCCUCACCUCAGAGCUGCAGGAGCUGAAACUGAGGAUGCCAGAAGAACAUGAGGCUUCCCAGGACUCCGGACAGCAGGGCGUGGAGGCUGCCGAGAGUCAGCUCAGGGAGAGCAGACAGGAGAACCUAAGGUUGGAGCUCCUGGUGUCAUCUCUACGGCAGAAGCUGGAGGACAAGGAGCAGGCACUGAGGGAGCUCCUGAACCCAAGGGCCGCUGAGCAGGGGGAGACAGAGAUGACGCCCUCCUCCCUGCUUAAGAAAUUACCCCUUAACUCCCAGCCGGGCUUCAGCCAGUUGGUCCCCGAAGAGCUGAAGAGGGGCCCCCGAGCUGGCUGGGGGGAGGUUCCCCAGGGCCACUGCAGUCACUGUAACGCCUUCCUGGAAAAGCUGGACAAAGUGCUUCAAGGUUGGGAAGUGUCUUCAAAACCAGCAGAGAAGCCACAGGCACUGGGGCAGCCCCAGAAAGUCUUGGAGGGACCCAACAGGCAUACCCCAAAGGGGGGCCGAGCUCCCCGGAGUGACCUCAGGGACAUUGAGCGGGUUAAACACCAGCAUCGGCUGGUGACUGAGCAGUUGCAGGAUCUGUUUGGGGAGAGACGGGAAAGGACCAGCAAGGCUGAGCAGCCCCCCAGGGAGUGGCCAGAGGGAAGCCUUGGGGAUCAGGGGACCAAGAAGUCCUCAGUGGAGCAGCUAAACUGAGGUUCCACUGGCAAACCCAGGAGCCCUACGACCUUCCUCAGCUGCAAUGAGUGUUGCAGAAAGGGUUCAGUCUGAUUCAUCCCUGGCCCCAAGACAGACUGGACCUGGAGGGAUCUUACUGGAAUAGUCUGGAGUGGAAUUGGCAGAUAUGGGCCGUGGACUCGGUCAGGAAUCUGCCAGGGUGUUUCAGACCAUUUCAAUUUGCCAGAUCUUCCUCAGAAAUGGUCCAAGGGCCCUUUGCCUUCAGCCCCAGGACUGUCUCCCUUACUAAUCCCUAUGGAAAUAACAAUACCUGUUUGCAUAUCAUCUUAAUAUUUACCAAGCACUUUCUUCACUACAACUUGGUGGGGGAGAUGAUACCCCCAUUUUACAGAUAAGGAAACUGAGGCAGAGGGUAAGUGAAUCACCAAGGGUUACACAGCUAUUAAGUAUCUGAGGCAGGAUUGGAACUCAGAUCGUCUGACCCCAAGUCUGGAGCUCUUUUUCCCGAUUCCGUGCUGCCUUCUAAAAUCUUCUGAUCCCUCAUCCCUGGCUCAAGAAUCAGAGAAAUAAAUUAAGAGCUGGAAGAGAGGGGCCUAUCUCCUCAUUUUACAGCUGAGGAAUCUGAGAUUUCAAAGAGGGUCAGUGCCUGGUCCAAGGUCUCAUUGUGGCAAGGCAGCAUUAGAACCCUGGUCUUCUAGGUCCAACUUUACACUACAAGUAAGUGACCAACAGAUCAACAAGCAAUCAUGUAGUAUGUGCUCUGUUUCAGGCAUUGUGCUAGGUGCUAGUGAAAUCCUUCCUGCCCUCUAGAAGCUUCCAUUCUAGAGGGGAAGCCCACAGGUACAUGUACAGGAGCACCUUCUCCAUCCCCGAGCCUGCUUGGUGCCCUGGGUCCUGGGACCCACACACACUUGGUCCCUUCUGCCGCUGAUGCCGUGACCAGCUGGUCAUUUCUGGCAGCAGGCCCUCUUUCCCUUCGGCCAUGCCAGCCACCCUGGAUUUCACAAAAGAAAAGAUGAUCAAUUCAGGAGAAUGCUUCAGGGUCAGGUGAUGGAGAAGACUCGCCUGAACCAAUCAAUGUCAAGGAAAUCUUGUCCUCAGCAGCUACAGUGAUGGAAAUGGAGAGUAUCCCCAAAAUGAAACAGCAGGAUGCUGGUAACUGUGAGCAAAGCAGUGUCUGGGGAAAAGAGAAGCUGAGAAAAUGCAUUCCCCCACGUCCUGUGCAGAGGAGGGGGCUUUGGGUGUGGGGCGCUGUAGGUACUGCUACACUCAGGUGAGACGUUGCUGAAGUUCUUGAAAGGCUUUUAAAAAUAUUAUCUUUUUGGGAGGGACGGUGUUACAAACAGAUCUCUGGAUGGAGAAGGGAUUUAUUUGGAAUGAAGGUGAUGUAAAAACAAAAGGUAUCGAUUAAAAAAUGUUUAA